AACUCUUCCUCGUCGAACCCCCGGCUAGUUAUGGUAUGGAGAGGCCGACUAGGGUGAAUGAAUUCUGGGAACAGAGCGAGACAGAUAGGACCAGCGCGCGCAGGAGGACGCACCUGCGGACAGGUGUCUGACGGAACCGUCCGGAGUCUGCUGGACCGGCUGCGCUCGUUCAUCCGAACCCUCCGCCGGCUCCCGGUGUCGCUGCUGAGAGCUCUCCUCCUGCUCCUCCUGUGUCUGAUCCGGCCGAUCCGCCGAGCAAUGGCGGCCAGGGCCAAAGACCGCAGCUCCGAGGGCUGCGAGGAAACCGGAGAACUGAUCCGAAACUACCACAAACAAGCGUUCGAGUUCAUUUCUUUGGCUCUGCAGAUCGAUGAGGAUGAGAAAGGUGAUAAGGAGCAGGCGGGGCAGUGGUACAGGAAAGGCAUCGCUGAGUUGGAGAAAGGCAUCUGUAUCCAGGUCACUGGAGCUGGGGAGAAGGCAGACAGAGCCAGAAAGCUUCAGGACAAAAUGACCAACAACCUCACCAUGGCCCAAGACCGGCUGGAGCUUCUGGGCAAACUGCUUUCAAAGUCCCCAGCAGAGGGCUGCUCUGAUCACACAGGCCUGUCUUUCUCCAAUGGGAACCUGCGUCCAGUUGCAGGCAGUGGAGCAGUUUCCAAAAAGAAGGACACUCUCACAAUCACAAAUCAGUCCCCUGUGCGACCCAAAAACCCACCCAAAUCUGCCCCUGCUGCUGCCCUGCGCUGCAUACCUUCAACUGGUCACAGCGGCAGGACCGGCCCUCAGAGUAACCUGAAGGGGCCCCCGGCAAGAGCCGGUAACAGACAUAACACCAGCAACACUGCCACUGCGUCACCUCAGAGGAAAAGAGACAUGAAGAACUUUAAAAAUGUGGACAGCAAACUGGCCAGCCUCAUCCUCAAUGAGAUCGUAGACAGCGGUGCUGCGGUGCAGUUUGAUGACAUAGCAGGGCAGGAAUUGGCAAAACAGGCACUGCAGGAAAUCGUUAUCCUGCCUGCUCUACGUCCAGAGCUGUUUACUGGUCUCAGGGCUCCUGCUAGAGGGCUCCUGCUCUUUGGCCCACCUGGAAAUGGGAAGACUAUGCUGGCUAAAGCGGUUGCAAUGGAAUCUAACGCUACGUUUUUCAACAUCAGUGCUGCCAGUCUCACCUCCAAAUAUGUGGGAGAGGGCGAGAAACUGGUUCGGGCUUUGUUUGCGGUUGCUAGGGAACUGCAGCCGUCAAUCAUCUUCAUCGAUGAGAUUGACAGUCUGCUGUGUGAGAGGAGAGAGGGCGAGCAUGACGCCAGCAGAAGACUCAAAACAGAGUUCCUCAUCGAGUUUGAUGGAGUGCAGUCAGGAGGAGAUGACCGAGUGUUAGUGAUGGGAGCCACUAACAGGCCUCAGGAGCUUGAUGAGGCAGUUCUUAGGCGAUUCGCUAAACGCAUUUAUGUGGCUUUACCUACAGAGGAGGCUCGUCUGAAGCUGCUCAAGAACCUCCUCAGCAAACACAGAAACACUUUACCUCAGAAAGAGCUGAGUCAGUUAGCCAGGAUGACGGAGGGUUACUCCGGCAGUGAUCUGACCUCGCUGGCUAAAGACGCUGCUCUUGGUCCUAUACGAGGUACAUUCAUACUUCAUGCAGAUAUUUUAUUCAAGUAUACCAAGACAUUUGGUUUAGAGGUGGACUUUUUGCUAGAUAAUUGUGCCCUGCUCUUUCUCAACACAGAACUGAGGCCUGAACAAGUGAGGAACAUGCCAGCUGAUAAGAUGAGGGACAUCUGUUUCUCUGAUUUUGUGGAUUCGCUGAAGAGGAUAAAGCGGAGCGUCAGUCCUCAAACGCUGGAUCAGUACGUCUGCUGGAACAGACAGUACGGAGACACAACAGCCGUAUGACACCGACACGCAAGAAGGGUUUUUACUAAAGACGUGGAAUAACAAAAAAAUUUUUAGUAUAAUUUUGUCUUUUCUACGACUUUGCUUUUGAGUCGUUUGGAGCUCAGGCAGAGAUUUGCUUUGACUGAAUUAGACCAGAGCUCAAGACCAUGUGGAUGGCAAAGCAUGACAAAACAUUUUCUACAAAACCAAGAAACAUUUGGUUUCUAAUUCUUCCCCUUGAUUGGUGUGUGAAUGAUAAAGCACUUGGCGUCUGUGGUGUUCUAGAUGCAUUUGUUCUUCUCUUAUUUUGUUGCUUGAUUUGUUUUUGGUUCAUGUAUCCAGAUAAAUCGAAUCCUCAAAUGGCGGUGUGAUGUGCUAAAGUCAAUCAAAUAGGGAUUCCGUUGAUAAAUGAACGAUUAAAGAAUGUAUUGUUUGAUCUCCUGUUUAGAAACCGUUCAGACUGCAUGUGUAUUUGGAUUGACCAGCACUCCUCAUGUUUUUUUCCAUUUGCAGGCACUAGGGGGCAUCAGUUGAGACUGUAUGUGAAUGUCUUCUGCUAGAACUAAAGUCAUGAUGUUGCUCCAUGUA